CGGCUCGGCGCCGUGACGCAAGAACGCGCUGACACCACGGGGUCGCGCUCGACGUGACCCCGCACCCGGAAGCAAGGUGCGGCCGCCGGUGCCGCCCCCGCUCCCGUCAUGUGAAGCGGCGGGACGGGCUCCCCCAGGUUGGAUCGAUUCGAGAAGACCAAUGAGAUGCUCCUCAACUUCAACAACCUCUCCAGCGUCCGCAUGCAGCAGAUGAACGAGCGUUUCCUCCACCACACCAAGACGCUGGUGGAAAUGAAGAAGGAUCUGGACAGCAUCUUCCGGAGGAUCCGGUGGGCAACGGUGAUGGGAACGUUGCUGCCAGCGGGGAGGGAGACAGCGUGGAGAUGGCAGGGUGGCUGGUCAAGGACGCUGAAAGGGAAGCUGGCGAAGCAGUACCCGGAGGCUUUCAGCAACAUCCACGAAUCUCCCAUCCUAGAAGACGAUGAUGACUUCGACCCCAUCCCAAAAAGCACGACAACCACCAUCGCUACCUCUGAGCAGAGCACAGAGUCCUGCGACACCAGCCCUGACAUCAUCUCUCCCACCAUGAGUCAGGAUUUUGAGGAUUUAUCCCAGGGCCAGUACGAUUUACCGGCCGUGAACGGACAGAGUCUCACAGAUGAAGACACGGCCAACGACCUGGACUAGGUGCGCGGGUCCUGCGCCGCCACCCGUCCCUGGAGAACUUUCUACCUUGUAUUUAUAUUUGUGUGUUUCUUUUUUUUUCGGGAAGAGGGAAGCGAAGGCUGAGAGAAGCAAUGGCCGAGUGAAGGGUACCCUUCUGCCUCUAAACUGCCACCGUAGUGUAAACCCUGUGACUCGCUUUCGGGUGAAUAAGUAAAACGUGGGUUUGAAACGCCUCUUGUCCUUUCUCAUUUGUGCGAUCAGGAGAGCGGCAAAACCCCACCGUUGACGUAGACUUUGGUGCAGAAGAGCCGGUUUGGGGCACCCGUGUUUUUUGUUAAGGAACGUUGUCGCUGAGGCUCGCGUGCGUGCCCGCCAGCGCUCCGCCUUUCCUGCGCGUCUGUCCGUGCUGCUCGUGGACUCGUGCUGGCUGUCUCCCCCGCAAGCCGCCACGCUCCCCGCCUGCGGGAAGAGCCCGAGCCGGGUUUCCCUUUGGUUCUCACCUGCCCCGCGUCAUGCCUCAGCCCCUCACGUCGGCCUCUUCCCUCCCCGGCUCCUCACGGUGUCCGGGGGAUUGGCCCGGGCUCUUCCUGGCUGCUGCCUGCGAGGGGCUGAGGGGAGAGCGUGGGGCCGGAGACCCGGGCGGUGGGGUGGG